AUGCAGAGCGCGAAAUUGUACUUUCAGGAAAACAGCUCGUGGUCGCUGAUCGACUACUUGAAAUAUCGAGAAAACUCGUUAGAUUUUGAUGACAGAUCAAAAGAGCACAGAGCAUACGCAAAAGUUCUUGAAAAUAUGCUCAACGACAAAUCCGAAGAGUGGUCUACCAAAGCCGAAUCUACUCUUAAACAUUUCGAGACUGAGAAAUCUUCUGCGGCAGUUAGUGCUUUCUGGGACUCAGUUUACAGAAGACGUUAUGAGAGAGAUAUUGAAUUGUUGCAGUUAAAAUAUACCAAGGGUGCGUUGGUGGAUAUCAUGAGUGAGAUGGAGCAAAUGCGGGCUGCUGUGACCAAUAAAUCAAUAAGAACGUUAAAGCAUGCAUUUACUGGUGGUGAGACAUCCAAUAAACAAAAACGUCAGAAGAAUGAUGAAGAGGAAAUGUAG